GCGUGAGAGGAAGAGGCUGAAUGAGGAGCAGCGCGGGGGAAGCGGGGCGCCGGGGGAGGAGGCGGCGGCAUGGAAGCAGACGCUGGCGUCGCGCGAGCCCCGGGCGGAGCGGCGCGGUAGAGAGGGCGGCAGCGGCGGCGGCGGCGGCGCGCGCGGAGCCUUGACGGGCCCCUUUCUUUCUUCUUUCUCGGGAAAGCUGGGAAGCAUGAGCGUGCAGACCUGCCGCUGCGGCGGCCGCCCCGGCUCCUCGCCUCCCCCUCUUCGGGCCGCCCCUCGCCGGUGAGAGGAGCGAACGCGAGAAGGGAAGAUGGGGGCCGUCCUGAGGAGCCUCCUGGCCUGCAGUUUCUGCGUGCUCCUGAGAGCGGCCCCUUUGUUGCUUUAUGCAAACAGACGGGACUUGCGAUUGGUUGAUGCUGCAAAUGGCAAAGAGAAUGCUACGAUUGUAGUUGGAGGCUUGGAGGAUGCAGCUGCGGUGGACUUUGUGUUUGGUCAUGGCUUGAUAUACUGGAGUGAUGUCAGCGAAGAAGCCAUUAAACGAACAGAGUUCAACAAAACUGAGAGUGUACAGAAUGUUGUUGUUUCUGGAUUAUUGUCCCCUGAUGGGCUGGCAUGUGAUUGGCUUGGAGAAAAAUUGUACUGGACAGAUUCUGAAACUAAUCGUAUUGAAGUUUCUAAUUUAGAUGGAUCUUUACGAAAAGUUUUAUUUUGGCAAGAGUUGGAUCAACCUAGAGCUAUUGCCUUAGAUCCUUCAAGUGGGUUCAUGUACUGGACAGACUGGGGAGAAGUACCAAAGAUAGAACGUGCUGGAAUGGAUGGUUCAAGUCGCUUCAUUAUAAUAAACACUGAAAUUUACUGGCCAAAUGGACUGACUUUGGAUUAUGAGGAACGGAAGCUUUAUUGGGCAGACGCAAAACUUAAUUUCAUCCACAGAUCAAAUCUGGAUGGAACAAAUCGGCAGGCGGUGGUUAAAGGUUCCCUUCCACAUCCUUUUGCCUUGACGUUAUUUGAGGACACAUUGUACUGGACUGACUGGAAUACACACUCCAUUUUGGCUUGCAACAAGUACACUGGCGAGGGUCUGCGUGAAAUCCAUUCUAACAUCUUUUCUCCCAUGGAUAUACAUGCCUUCAGCCAGCAGAGGCAGCCAAAUGCUACAAAUCCAUGUGGAAUUGAUAAUGGUGGUUGUUCCCACUUGUGUUUGAUGUCUCCAGUCAAGCCUUUUUAUCAGUGUGCUUGCCCAACUGGGGUUAAACUCCUGGAGAAUGGAAAAACCUGCAAAGAUGGUGCCACUGAAUUACUGCUUUUAGCCCGAAGGACAGAUUUGAGACGAAUUUCUUUGGAUACACCAGAUUUCACAGACAUUGUUCUACAGUUGGAAGACAUCCGUCAUGCCAUUGCCAUAGAUUAUGAUCCUGUGGAAGGCUAUAUCUACUGGACUGAUGAUGAAGUGAGGGCCAUACGCCGCUCAUUCAUAGAUGGAUCUGGCAGUCAGUUUGUGGUCACUGCUCAAAUCGCCCAUCCUGAUGGUAUUGCUGUUGAUUGGGUUGCCCGAAAUCUUUAUUGGACAGACACUGGCACUGAUCGGAUAGAAGUGACAAGGCUCAACGGGACCAUGAGGAAGAUCUUGAUUUCAGAGGACUUAGAGGAACCCCGGGCUAUUGUGUUAGAUCCCAUGGUUGGGUACAUGUAUUGGACUGACUGGGGAGAAAUCCCGAAAAUUGAGCGAGCAGCUCUGGAUGGUUCUGAUCGAGUAGUGUUGGUUAACACUUCUCUUGGUUGGCCAAAUGGUUUAGCCUUGGAUUAUGAUGAAGGCAAAAUAUACUGGGGAGAUGCCAAAACAGACAAAAUUGAGGUUAUGAAUACCGAUGGGACUGGGAGACGAGUGCUAGUGGAAGACAAAAUUCCCCACAUAUUUGGGUUUACUUUGUUGGGUGACUAUGUUUACUGGACUGACUGGCAGAGGCGUAGCAUCGAAAGAGUACACAAACGAAGUGCAGAGCGGGAAAUCAUCAUAGACCAGCUCCCUGACCUCAUGGGCCUGAAGGCCACAAAUGUUCAUCGAAUCAUUGGUUCCAACCCCUGCGCUGAGGAGAAUGGGGGAUGCAGCCAUCUCUGCCUCUAUAGACCUCAGGGCCUUCGCUGUGCCUGCCCCAUUGGCUUUGAACUCAUCAGUGACAUGAAGACCUGCAUUGUCCCAGAGGCUUUCCUUUUGUUUUCACGGAGGGCAGAUAUCAGGAGAAUUUCUUUGGAAACUAACAAUAAUAACGUGGCCAUCCCACUCACUGGUGUCAAAGAAGCUUCUGCUUUGGAUUUUGAUGUGACAGACAACCGAAUUUACUGGACUGACAUAUCACUCAAGACCAUCAGCAGAGCCUUUAUGAAUGGCAGUGCACUGGAACAUGUGGUAGAAUUUGGCUUAGAUUAUCCAGAAGGCAUGGCAGUAGACUGGCUUGGGAAGAACUUGUACUGGGCAGACACAGGAACAAAUCGAAUUGAGGUAUCAAAGUUGGAUGGGCAGCACCGACAAGUUUUGGUGUGGAAAGACCUAGAUAGUCCCAGAGCUCUUGCAUUGGACCCCGCUGAAGGAUUUAUGUAUUGGACUGAAUGGGGUGGAAAGCCUAAGAUAGACAGAGCUGCCAUGGAUGGAAGUGAACGUACUACAUUAGUUCCAAAUGUGGGGCGAGCAAAUGGCCUAACUAUUGAUUAUGCUAAAAGGAGGCUUUAUUGGACAGACCUAGACACCAACUUAAUAGAAUCUUCAAAUAUGCUUGGACUCAACCGUGAGGUUAUAGCAGAUGACUUGCCUCAUCCUUUUGGCUUAACUCAGUACCAAGAUUACAUCUACUGGACGGACUGGAGCCGACGCAGCAUCGAGCGUGCCAACAAAACCAGUGGCCAAAACCGCACCAUCAUUCAGGGCCAUUUGGAUUAUGUGAUGGACAUCCUCGUGUUUCACUCCUCUCGGCAGGCAGGGUGGAAUGAGUGUGCUUCCAGCAAUGGGCACUGCUCCCACCUCUGCUUGGCAGUGCCAGUUGGAGGUUUUGUUUGUGGAUGCCCUGCCCACUACUCUCUUAAUGCUGACAACAGGACUUGUAGUGCUCCAACUACUUUCCUGCUCUUCAGUCAGAAGAGCGCCAUCAACCGCAUGGUGAUUGAUGAACAGCAGAGCCCCGACAUCAUCCUUCCUAUCCACAGCCUUCGGAAUGUCCGGGCCAUUGACUAUGACCCACUGGACAAGCAGCUCUAUUGGAUUGACUCACGACAAAACAUGAUCCGAAAAGCACAAGAAGAUGGCAGCCAGGGCUUUACUGUGGUUGUGAGCUCAGUUCCGAAUCAGAACCUAGAAAUACAGCCCUAUGACCUCAGCAUUGAUAUUUAUAGCCGCUACAUCUAUUGGACUUGCGAGGCCACCAAUGUCAUUAAUGUAACAAGAUUAGAUGGGAGAUCGAUUGGAGUGGUGUUAAAAGGCGAGCAGGACAGACCUCGAGCCAUUGUGGUAAACCCAGAAAAAGGGUAUAUGUAUUUUACCAAUCUUCAGGAAAGGUCUCCCAAAAUUGAACGAGCUGCUUUAGAUGGAACAGAACGGGAGGUCCUCUUUUUCAGUGGCUUAAGUAAACCAAUUGCUUUAGCUCUUGAUAGCAGAUUGGGCAAACUCUUUUGGGCUGAUUCAGAUCUCCGGCGAAUUGAAAGCAGUGAUCUCUCAGGUGCCAACCGGAUAGUAUUAGAAGACUCCAACAUUCUGCAGCCUGUGGGACUAACUGUGUUUGAAAACUGGCUCUAUUGGAUUGAUAAGCAGCAGCAGAUGAUUGAAAAAAUUGACAUGACAGGUCGAGAGGGUAGAACCAAAGUCCAGGCUCGAAUUGCCCAGCUUAGUGACAUUCAUGCUGUAAAGGAGCUGAAUCUUCAGGAAUAUAGACAACACCCUUGUACUCAGGAUAAUGGUGGCUGUUCACAUAUUUGUCUUGUAAAGGGAGAUGGUACUACAAGGUGCUCCUGCCCCAUGCACUUGGUUCUGCUUCAAGAUGAGCUACUAUGUGGAGAACCCCCAACAUGUUCUCCUCAGCAGUUUACUUGUUUCACGGGAGAAAUUGACUGUAUCCCUGUGGCUUGGCGGUGCGAUGGGUUUACUGAGUGUGAAGAUCACAGUGAUGAGCUCAAUUGUCCUGUGUGCUCAGAGUCCCAGUUCCAGUGUGCCAGUGGGCAGUGUAUUGAUGGUGCCCUGAGAUGCAAUGGAGAUGCCAACUGCCAGGAUAAGUCAGAUGAGAAGAGCUGUGAAGUGCUUUGUUUAAUUGAUCAAUUCCGCUGCGCCAAUGGUCAGUGCAUUGGAAAACACAAGAAAUGUGAUCAUAAUUUAGAUUGCAGCGACAAAUCAGAUGAACUGGAUUGUUAUCCAACUGAGGAGCCAGCACCACAGGCCACCAAUACAGUUGGUUCAGUUAUUGGAGUAAUUGUUACCAUUUUUGUGUCUGGAACCAUAUACUUUAUUUGCCAGAGGAUGUUGUGUCCACGUAUGAAGGGCGAUGGGGAAACCAUGACUAAUGACUAUGUAGUUCAUGGACCAGCUUCUGUGCCCCUUGGUUAUGUGCCACACCCAAGCUCUUUGUCAGGAUCUCUUCCAGGAAUGUCUCGAGGUAAAUCAAUGAUAAGCUCCCUCAGUAUCAUGGGGGGAAGCAGUGGACCCCCUUAUGACCGAGCUCAUGUCACAGGAGCAUCGUCGAGUAGUUCUUCAAGCACCAAAGGCACUUACUUCCCUGCAAUUUUGAACCCUCCGCCAUCCCCGGCCACAGAGCGAUCACAUUACACUAUGGAAUUUGGUUAUUCUUCAAACAGUCCUUCCACUCAUAGGUCCUACAGCUACAGGCCGCACAGUUACCGGCACUUUGCACCGCCCACCACACCCUGCAGCACAGAUGUUUGUGACAGUGACUACGCUCCCAGCCGGAGAAUAAUGACCUCAGUGGCCACAGCCAAGGGCUACACUAGUGACUUGAACUAUGACUCAGAGCCUGUGCCUCCGCCUCCCACGCCCCGAAGCCAGUACUUGUCGGCAGAAGAGAACUAUGAAAGCUGCCCGCCUUCUCCAUACACAGAGAGGAGCUACCCUCAUCACCUCUACCCACCGCCGCCCUCUCCCUGUACGGACUCCUCCUGAGGAGGGGCCCUCCUCCUCUGACUGCCUCCCACACGGAAGUGUAAACACGAAUGCGGUUGGGAUCUGGAGGGGGGGGGGAGCUCUUCGAGAAGGGUGAGGCAGACCAUGUACAGAUAAAAAUUAUAAAUGGGGUAGGGCAUACUGGAGAUAUUUGUACAGAAGGAAAAGAUAUUUAUAUAUUUUCUUAAAACAGCACAUUUGCUGCUUGUGCCAUAAAAAUUUGUAUAAAAAAUAAAUUUGUACUAAAAGUUUUAUUUUUGCAAACUAAAUACACAAAGCAUGCCUUAAACCCAGUGAAGUGACUGAGUACAAAGGAAGCAGGAAUAAUAAAGGCAUCACUGACCAGGAAUGUCUGGGCUUUAUUGAUACCAAAAAAAAAAAAAAAAGAAAAGAAAAGAAAAAAAAGUCCAUCUCAGAGCAGCAAACUAUAGAUACUUGGAAGUAGCCAGAUGGCCUUCAUGUUAACUAACAUUUGAAGGGCAGCAGGUUUAAGAAAUGAAAGGAAAAAAAAAAAAAGAAUUAACACUAACUUUGGAUAAAGGGCUUUGUUUUCUCUAGGAAUCCAACAAUUUUAUCGAGAAAAAUAGAUAUUUAUAAAAAUCCAUUUGGGGUGCUGCUGUUGUGGGAGAGAUCAGCUGUCUGGUAAGAUGCUAUGGGGCUGUUUGUUGUGCAAGUCUUCUGUCCCUACCUUAAAACUCACCCCUCUGUCAUAUAUUAAUUUUUUUCCCUGGGUGUUUUCACCUUGCUUCCUCCCCUAGCAGUAUUGUAGGGUAUUUUGCCAAAAUGCCAUAAUUUAUUCACAGUUUUUUAUCUGAGGAUUGAUAAAAUGGAAUUUUCUAAAUUAAGGUUUCAUUUUAAUAUUUCUACUAGCUCCAUACCCCAGUCAGCUUAGCUCUUCAUUUGGACUGCUGUGUUCGCAUAAUGAUCAAAGGUUAGACAUGUUAUUGCUCCUCUUUACUUUCAAGAUUGUUUUAAUGCUCAUUAAAAUGUCUUUUUACAACACAUAU